AUGGCCUCGAUCAUUGACGAAGUGUGCGAUGUGCCCAGUACGCUCGCCGAAUCGAAGUGGGUUCCUGGCUAUCGGCAUCCGGGUGCUGAGAACCGCAAUCUCCCUCCGCCCAUCACAUCACCGCCACCUCCAGCCAACGGCGUGCCCCGUGCGCCUAUCGACCAGGGCUUGAUAUAA